GGGAUUUCAUCGAGUGUGGUUGGCGUCUUAUUUUAAUUAUUCUUAAAUUCGUUCAUAGUGGAUAUUGUGAAAUAAAAUUGGUGUGAUUUUGUGUUACAACUGUCUGCGUAACUGAAGAAUUAGUAGAAUCGUCAAAAUAUACGCUAUUCCGGUCAAGAGGACGUGGGAAUUUUAUUGUAGUAUUAACUACCUCACAGAAGCUUAUCGAAAAAGCCAGCUCGAUACAUUUCGCGCCAAACACUUUAAGAAACAUUAGAAUGCGUCACACCGACAUUCUAAUGUAAAAAGAAAAAUAGAAUAAUUUAACUUAAGACUAGGCUGUAUGGGCAUUGUUCCCCUUGCCUUCCCUGAAAAGGGAGAACUUAACCAAAAAAAAAGUGGUUUUUUUUGGCGGGAUUUCGUCGAGUGCGGUUGGCGUCUUAAUUUAAUUAUUCUUAAAUUCGUUCAUGGGGGAUAUUGUGAAAUAAAAUUGGUGUGGUUUUGUGUAACAACCGUCUGCGUAACUGAAGAAUUAGUGGAAUCGUUAAAAUAUACGCUAUUCCGGUCAAGUGGACGUGAGAAUUUUAUUGUAGUGUUGACUACCUCACAGAAGCUUAUCGAAAAAGCCAACUCGAUACAUUUCGUGCCAAACACUCCAAGAAACAUUAGAAUGUGUCACACUAAUAAUAACUAACAUUCUAAUGGUAAAACAAAAAGAAGAUUAAUUUAAUUAAAGACUAGGAUGUAUGGGCAUUGUUCCCUUUGCCUUCCCCAAAAACGGGAGAACUUCAACAAAAAAUAAAAAUAAUCAUUUCAUUUCUUUGAUUCUUUAGAUAAAAAAUGACAACAACUCAAAAAUUGUGUAUUAAAUCAACCAGAAGUUAUGAAUAAAACCUUAAGAGUAGUUUUAUUCAAUGUGGCUAGAUUCAGCAGACUGAAAGCGACCUGGACCGGUGUAAGUCUACCUAAAACUCGACGGAAAGUUCGUUCAAGAAUAGAUAUGGACCUCAAACAUCGAGAAAAUCCUGUGGUCACUAAAUUGGACUCACCAGAAUUUAAGAGUAUAUUUACCUCUGAAGUUCAAGAGUUAAGAAGAUUGUUUGAUAAAUAUAAUUACGAAAUCAGAAUUGCUGGGGGAGCUGUAAGAGACCUUCUUCUGGGGCAAAAGCCUAAAGAUUUAGAUUUUGCUACUGUAGCAACACCACAGCAGAUGAAGGAUAUGUUUACAGUUGAGAAUGUCAGAAUGAUUAACAUGAACGGAGAGAAACAUGGCACAAUUACACCAAGAAUUAAUGAUAAAGAAAACUUUGAAGUGACCACAUUAAGGAUAGAUAUGGUCACAGAUGGUCGUCAUGCUGAAGUAGAGUUCACGACUGAUUGGAAGUUAGAUGCUAACAGAAGAGAUUUGACUAUAAAUUCAAUGUUCCUGGGUUUUGAUGGAUCUGUUUAUGAUUACUUUUUUGGGUAUGAAGAUUUACAGAAAAGAAGAGUUGCAUUUGUGGGUGACGCAGAUGUAAGAGUGAAAGAAGACUAUUUGAGAAUAAUGAGAUAUUUCCGUUUUUAUGGUAAAAUUGCAGAGUACCCUAAUCGUCAUGAAGAGGACACUCUUAAAGUACUUAAAAACAAUGUGGACGGAUUGCAAAAUAUCUCUGGGGAAAGAAUUUGGGUUGAACUCAAAAAAACUUUGCAAGGAAAUUUUGUUGGGAAUCUAUUAAAAACCAUGCUGGAUGUGGGAGUUGGACCCUACAUUGGAUUACCGCAAAAUACAGACAUAACAGAACUGAACAUUGUCCUGAAACGUGCAGAGCAUUUAGCUUUGCACCCAGUGAGUUACUUAGUAGCAUUAUUAAAAGAUAUAGAUGAUGUUACAGUAUUGUAUGACAGGUUAAAGUUCUCUGGCUAUGACCGUGACAUGGCUUACUUUCUGGUUGAAAAUAGAAAAGAUCAAGUGUCAGAUAGGCCAUUAUUACCUUAUGAGAAAUUAGUGCUGAAUACGAAGAUAAAACAGCAAAAUGCUAUAGAUUACGUAAAAGAAGUUCUGAAAUAUAAAGGUGAAGAGACUCUAUUAAAACAAUUCAGUAAUUGGAAAAUACCACAAUUUCCAGUAAGUGGUAAAAUCUUGAAGGAAAAUGGUGUCCCCCCUGGAAAGAUGUAUGGUCCAAUUAUUAUGAAAUUAAAAAACAUUUGGAUUGAGUCAGAAUACAAACAGACUGCUGAGGAUCUUAUAAAAAUUUUACCAGAUAUAAUACAAGAGGUACAUAAAAAUAAAAACAAUCAAUAGGUACCAUUUUUUUAUUACUGUUAGCAAAUAAACAUUAUUUAAUAUACAAGUUCAAUCUCCAAAAAAUAUAUAUUUUAAACUAUAUACCUAUUACAUAGCAAUUCAUUGUCAAACCUAUAAAAUGAUGUGUAGUUGCAAUGAUUAUCAUUUUCAAACAUGUUAUGAAGUAAAUGUUAAAGUAUGAUGCUCUUUUAAAUACUAUCCUCUGUUUGAGUUGAUCCAUAUGGUACAUAUUUGUUACAUCCAUCAUCAUCAUCUCUAUGUUCCAUAAAACAUCUUUUGCAGAAUAAAUAACGACAACCUAAGCAUCUCAUUUUGGCAUCUUCAUUGCAAAUUUCACAAAAUGGUAACUCCUCAUUUUGUGAUGGCGAUGAUAUAUCAUCUUCUGCUAAUAGAGAUGAUUCUACC